AUGUCUCCUCCAGGUGUGAGUGGAAAGUUAUUAAGACGUGUCCGGAGGGCAUGUCGUCCAUCAUUGGAUGAGCCCAAUAUUACUCUCAAUCUUGAGAUAUGCGAUCUUAUAAAUCAAAAGCAGGGUAACUUACCACGUGAGGCUGCAGUUGCGGUCGUUCGUUUGGUUAAUUCCAGGGAUCCUCAAAUUGCAGAGCUUGCAUUGACUUUGUUAGACUACUUAGUGAAGAAUUGUGGAUAUCCAAUUCACCUUCAGAUCUCUAGAAAAGAAUUUUUGAAUGAGUUAGUGAAAAGAUUCCCUGAAAGACCCCCUGCAGCAUACACAAGAAUUCAACGUUUGAUCUUGGGUGAAAUUGCUGAGUGGGUUCAGACCAUUUGUCGUACUUCGCGUUACAAGGAGGACUUGGGAUAUAUCCGUGAUAUGUAUCGGUUGUUGCGCAGUAAGGGGUAUGAUUUUCCCGCUGUGAAGUCUGAAGAUGCAGCCGUUUUAAAUCCGAGCGAUAAUUUAAAAUCGGUCGAAGAACUGAGAGAAGAAGAAAGGGUUGCUCAAAGUGCUAAAUUGCAGGAACUGAUCCGUCGUGGACGUCCUCAAGAUUUGAAAAAGGCCAAUGAGAUGAUGAAAAUUAUGUCGGGAUUUAAAGAAGAUGAUGAACUUGAGCAAACCAAAAAGAAGGUUGAGUCGGAAUUGGAGAAAGUUGGGAGAAAGGCUGAUUUGCUAAACGAAAUGCUCGAUAAUGCUACCAAUGCGGGAAAGAUAGAUUCUGGAGAUGAUACGCUGUAUGAUCUUAUUUCGGCAGUUCGUGUUGCAAGACCUAAAUUGCAGAAAAUUAUCAGCGAAGAGUCCGGAGAUGACGAUGCCGUUGCUAAGCUUCUCGCAUUGAAUGAUAAGUUGAAUGCUGUUCUUAAAAAAUCAGACUUGCUUACAGGUGGUCAUGCAGCUGAUGCAGCACAGGUGAAAGUUCCGGGUAGUUCGGAUGCGGUUGGCGACUUAAUUGAUUUUGAUGAUGACGAUGAUUCUGCUCCUGCUGAUAGUGGAAGUGCUCUCGGUGGGUCAACAAUCAACCCGCAGAACUCCGUCGCAUUUGAUUUGCUCGGCUCUGGUGAUACUAGUACUAGUGGUGCAAAGCAACCUUCUGUUGAUCCAUUAGCUGAUCUUUUGGGAGAUCUUGGUGAUCUUUCUAUUGGAACACCAUCAACAAAUGCUACGACAGGUGGUUCUACGAUUGCUGGCGUAGUGUCCCCGAUGUCUAGUGAGAGUCCUGCUCCUGUGUCCGAUUCUGUUGCACUAGGUGUUUCUGGUAGAAGUUCAUUCACUGCCAUUCGUAAGCCAACACCAUUUUCAGAGUCAUCUAAUUUGAAGAUCACAUUUACUGUUAAUUCAAAGCUUGGAUCCAAUGUCGAUAUCACCUUCCACUUUAGCAAUCUUUCAAUCACAAAAUCCAUAACUAAUAUGCAGUUUUCUUUGGCAGUCACUAAGCGUUUCCAGCUCUUACUACAGCCAGCAUCUGGCUCCGAAUUGAAGCCUGGAGUUACAGAUGGUCUCACUCAAGUUGCACACAUUACCCAACGUGAGAAUCAACAGUUUGACAGCUUAAAGUUGAAGUUCAAGUGCUCGUACAAAUUGGAUGGCGUGGACACGGUUGAUUCAGGAAUGGUCUCUACUUCUGUGUAG